AUGGAGAAGUCAAGCAAAUGUAGGCUUAUUGUUGAUCUUGGAUACAUAACAGAAUUCUCUAAAGAAGCACUAAAGUCAUCCAAAAAUGAUUUAGAGAAAGCUUUGAAUCUUCUCAAUAAAUAUGAUGGAAUUUUGCCCCCUAAUCCAGCUUCACCCCUUCAGUCACCCCAAGAAAAUACUCAAGAACAAGACAUGAAGGAGAAGGAGGUAUUGGAUAAUUUCAGGAAAAUUCUACCCAGGGAUUCCGAAGAUUACCUUGAUUUCUUACUUAUAGAAGAAUCACAGAUCCUUUCAGACUAUCUGAGUUUACUGGAACACGUCUAGCAGAACAUCAGAUGGAAAACUUGUUUGUUUGGAGAUAAGACUUAUUUGAUACACAGGAAAAACAGAAUAGGAAACUUAAUUAUUUGGUCAUGUUUAUUGCUACAAUCUUACGAGUUGUUGAAAGAUCUUUUAAUAUUUCAUCUUGAAAAUUAAGCCAGCUGUCAUGGCAUGGACUGAUUAUACUUGUGUUAGAUUUUCUAAAAUUAAAAUUGAAUUUUUUCUAAAAUUAAAAUUGAACUUUUU